CUUAGAGGUUUAUGGGAAUCGAUCGAUUUCAAGAUGGUAUUUCAAUACAAAGUGAGUUGUCAUUAUUGUUACACUUUAUCAGUUUGUCAAAAAUUUGAAUUGUAUGUGAAUGAGUACAGUUCAACUUUAAAAGUUGAAUGCAGACGUAACAAAUUGUCAUUCUACAGAUUUAACAAGCUUAGAAUGCACGCUAAGAAAGUGUUAACCAUUUUCAUGAUAUUGUUUUUGAAGACAUUAUACUGUGUAUGUGCAUGGUAUCUACCAAAUCAUCUAAUUCAUAAUGGUCAUCGUCAUGAUUCAAAUGCCUAUCCUUCAACAUAUGGAUCUAAGCAAAUGUAUACUGAUUCAACAAAGUAUGAUAAUGACGAGCCAACUGUGAAUCAAGUCAAAACUGUUCAGUAUCGUGGUAGUCAGUAUAUGCUUGUAAUUGGAUUGAAGUUACCUUAUUAUGAAGCUGAUAGUUACUGUAAUCAAGCGUUUAUGUCAGAGUCACACUUAACAUCUGUACAAUCAGAUGAUGAAUGGAAAGUCUUAUCACGACAUUUUGGAUCCACCAAUCCAACUGAGAUAUGGCUCGGAGGAGUUGCAGAUCUUGUCAACUCUCAAUAUGUUAUUUUACGAUGGCUAGAUGGAACACCUUUCCAGUACCAUAGGUUCUCGUCCAAAGAAAAAGAACACUGGCAAAAAACCCUACAAAAGAGUCAUCAAGGCUGCAUUGUCGGUGAGAUACAAAACAAUGGUCAAGGUAAUUGGUAUGUUCAGCCCAUGCCGUGUGAUGAACCAAAAGGAUUCAUUUGCAAAGAGACAAAUUUCGGCCACCCUAUGAAACCAUGGCAUGUCAGUCAGUCAAAAUCACGUAAGUCUAGGCUACCACCACCAGAACCCCACUAUGCGCACCAAUACGAUGAACCUCCAUUUGGUGUUUUCCCAUUGUCUAUGGAAACAUACAAACCAAAAUCGCCGAUACCAAAAUCUAUCAAGCCAAUUAUUUCACGUGUAUCUAAUGAACAAAGGGUGACACCACAAACUAUUCAAACAAAAGCACCACAGGUACAGCAAAUCUCCCAGGUCCAACAAAACCUCACUAAGACGACAGCUACCCGUACUAACACAGAAGAGUCAAAACCGCCCGUAACAAUUAACAAGACAAGUGAUGCAACCAGACUGGAAAAGAGCACACCAGAUUCAAGCACUAAGAAGAAGGUGAAAUUUGUUAUAAUCGGCCAUCUGGGCAACAAACGCAAGUGGGAGAAAAUGAAGGCAUACCCCAGCUCGGACAAAUGAUCGAGCCGCAAUCACUAGCCAAUCAACCUGGACCAGUUACAAUUUACCUGCAGCGUGUUUCAGUACCUUAAAAUUAAUGCACGCCAGAAUACCGGUAAUAUCAACGCUUCAUUCUCAUUAUGCUUUUAUUAAUUAACCAUUAAAUAAAUCUCCUACAAUAAUGCACAGCAGUGCUUUAAAUUUUUUGUCUACCAUAAUACUCCCUAAUAAUUUCCUUUCAUAAUAAUCAAAAUUAGUGUUUGUAUCCCACUGUGCAAAUCAUAUAUGUGAAUAACUCUUAUAUAAUAAUAUCUGCUUAACUGCUAAAGUAGAUGAUAAAUGAUUCUGUGGAUGCGAUCUGGAAAGACAGAGAUCAACCAUCAAUUCUUUGUACAUGUCGAAUACUCACGUAUGAGAGACGAAGAAAAGAUACAGUUUGGUAUCUAGCCCCGGAUGUAUAUUUGUCUUACUGCGCUUAAGUAAAGAGAUAUGUGAGCUAGUUGGCUAUGGGAUUGUGAAUGAACAAAGCAAAGCAGAACUAGAACGUACCGAAUAGUCAGGUUGUCCAAUCGCGUGUCUUCAGAUAAACAAGCCUGUAAAAACUGUGAAGGUUAGAAAUAAUGUCGAAUAUCCUUGAAAAGCAAAUUAUUGAUUCAAAGAGAUUAUUUGCCGCUACCACAGCACACUAUGAUAGUCAUACUUACUAGAUGGUAUACAUAUAUCAGACAACUCUUAUCGUCUACAAUUACAUCAUAUCACUUUCAUAUGAUUGUGCAGUACAACUGAAUUAGCAUGAGAGCUUUUCUUUGUGAAACCUUACUCACUAUACCGUAUAUACUUCUUUAACCGUGUUUAUGACUUUUGGAAACGAUAAGGUUAUCAGUUUCCUUCCGCGUUUUGAAUUGUUUCCAGAGACCGAUAUAUGUGAACAAAUACCUGCUACCAAGACUGAGACCAAAGUGGAAGGAACUAGUGUAACUAUGGAAACUGACGAAUGCUUAGUAAGAAAGAGAAGAUUAGAAAGGGUUGAUCAUAAUUCACAUAUUAUUAAGUUCUAGAUACUUGGAGUCUGGAACAAGCCAGUUGCAAAAAUGUCAGAUUUUUCACUCCAACAGGCUGUGGAACACGAGAAUGCUUACCCAUGGCUGACACUUACCAUAAUUCUUAACCUGGAGGCGGCAUUUGACUCUACCGAUCGUGAGGUGUUGUGGCAGUGUCUGAAUAUGAAGGGAGAACCAAGCAAGUAAAUAACGCCAAUCCAAGCUCUCUGUUGGGACUCAUACAGAUGUGUAAGUGCUUAUGGAGAGUUGUCAUGUGAAUUGACGACAAUUAGCGGUGUCCAGCAGGAAUGCCUCCUGUCACCGUCCCUGUUUAAUCGCGUUACAGAUGUACUAAUGGACAUAACCAUAAGUACAUUUGACAUCAAAUGAAUUGAUCUAUUGCCUGGAGGGCAUAUGGUUGAUUUCGAGCACGCAGACGAUGCUGUCGUGACAGAUGAAGAUGUUGACAAGAUGUAGGGUGUUGUGAAUGGGUUGAGCAGAAAUGUGAGUAUGUUUGAGAUACAUUUGGCUCCUAUGAAAUGUGAGAUGAUGCUUCAUGACUGGUCUACAAGCACUGCUAGUUUAUGGAUACUGAGUGAGUUGGUUAAAUCUGUUGACAACUUCACUUACUUGGGGAGUUGCAUCAACCUGAAAUGGGUGGUUACUGACGCAGUGUCACAGGUGGGAUACAGAAGGCCCGUAUGCCUUAUUUGCCAACUUUCGUCAUUUUUGGUACGGGUGGCCAUAUAUCUGACUACGUAUUAAAGGAGGAGUUUACUACACUGCAAUCUGUUGUGUCUUGUUAUAUGGCUUUGAUGUGUGGUCGUUGAAGGUGGAAGAGAUAAAGCGAUAACAGUGUUUUGACCACAAGUGUCUUCGUAGCAUUGGUCGCGUAUUGUGGAAUCCUCCAACCACUAGAUAUUUGUUUAGACUGUUGAACGAGACCGGAACAAAAAGGUCAGCAGUUAGUUCUUCACACCAUAGUGGAGAAAGAUUUAUCUGUAAUUAACUUGCUUGAAAGAUAGGCACAACAGUUUAGCUGUUCUUUGAUCGCUCCGCCAUCCAGUCACAUCGUGAAUGGAUCACCGAGAUGUGCCCCUGCAAUCGUUCCAGGAGUUGGGAAGGUUGUAGUGACUUAAGAUGAGAAAGGGUGAGAGGGUCUAGUGCCGGAGGUGUUUGAGGAAGGUGAUCGUGGAUUAUCGGUAAGGUUAACUGAAGUGCUACUUAACGUAUCGGAAUCAUAUCUGAUUCCCUCUGACUGGUCUCAAUAACUAAUUGCCCUAGUCUUGAAGAAAGGAGAGAGAUCCUCACGUGAUAACCAUAGGGGAAGUAGUCUGAUGAUCAUGUUGUCUACAAUCCUACAUUCUAUUAGAAUUAGACGUCUGUGUGGAGCUCAGGAACACCAAACCCGAGAAAACCAGGCAGGUUUCAGACCUGGCUAUGGGUGUGUUGACUAGAUCAUUGUCGUCCAGCACUUGGGACGCAGGCACAAUUACAGCGUAAAUACAACAUUCGACUGUUAAUCGAGAUAUUAUUCCACACUAUCUCUCACUGAAAUGGGUGCCGGGUAGGUAAACCACUCUAUUGAAGGCUCUGUACUCAAACACCCAUGGGGGUGUUAUACCUUAUGGUGAUAUUUCACGUGAGUUGUGUACGUCAAGUGAUACCCAUCAAGCAUGUCCACUCUCUCCAUUCUUAUUCGGUUUUAUCAUGGACGUUUUUAUGGAGGUCUUCCUCUCGUCGUAUGACUUCGCAUGGAUUGGUCUUAUCACAAGAGGAUCCUUGGUAGAUUCAGAGUAUGCAGAUGACAAGAUUUAGAGUCUUCUGGACCACUCAAGUGGCAAAUUUGAGAAUCUGUUGAAUACCUUUCCACCACAUAAGUACAGUGUUGCUCCAGGACUGGUCUUCAGCUGUACGCUAUUUAUAAGUAGGGACCAGUUCACUUACUUAGGAAGUUGGAUCAACCCUGGUGAGUCAGUGGUCAAAGUAAUCUCCGCAUAGAUACAAAAGGUGCAGUUGGCCUUCAGCAACACACACUAUGGUGUUAGCGUGCUAUCUGAUUGCCAGUUAAAGGUCGAGUGUAUUGUGCUACAGUUCGCUCUGUUCUACUGCAUGUUUGUGAAACAUAGCCAUCAAACGUAGAGGAUAUGAGAAGGCUUCAAGUGUUUGACCACGCUUGACUUCGUAGUAUAGGCCAUGUGUCGUGGUGUCCUCACGUCAGGGAUACGGAAGUUAGGUGUAGAGUUUUAGGAAAAAGAGGAAAGUCAGUUAAUGAGGUUGUGAACCUUCAUCGAUUGAGGUGGCUGGGACAUAUGUAGCACAUCCCGAGGCAUAGUUUACCUAGACAUUUGAUGGUAGGCAAAGUAGGACCAGGUUGGGAGGUUAGAGGUGACCAUGAAGUCUCUGACUGUCAAUGUAAGCCAUGUAAGCGGGUGCGAACUGUUUCGUUGAUGGUCCCCGAGAUAAUAUGAACUCAUGGUUCUAUACUCUUGGUGUCAUUGCUGAAAAUCGGUCACAAUGGACGAGUUGUUUUCAUUAUUUGACGUUUUCUAUAGUUUAAAUAUUCUCAUUGACCUUGAUUUUUAGAUUCCUUCUCUUCUCAUACCCUUUUGUCGACUUUGGUACCAUUCUUUUCCAACUCACUUGGUCUUAACAUGCUUCUGUAGUGUGACAACUGAUGCACUUCUCUAUGAGGUUCUACGUUGAUUUUGUCUAUCUGUUUGGCUUACGAUUCCUCUUCGCCUAAUGACAUUUUAUGUAAAUUAUUGCUAUUCAACUGUACUACCAUUCUUGUUCUGUCCCUCAUUAUUUCACAAGAAGUUACUGUGUACUGGG